AUGAGCGCACCCGUAGUCCAGUCUGCGCCGGUCGAGAGCCAGAGCCAGAACCAGAGCCUCGACGAGAAGCACCCUGCCAAGUCGACGACCGAAAUCAGUGCCGACAACUCUGGCCACGAAUCCGACGAUGACAAGACGGAACCUCAGAAUGGUGUCAAAAAGAUUGAGGCCAUCACGUCCGCCUGGUCGUGGAGGGCUCUGAUGAUCACUUACGUCUUUAUCUGGGUCACUUCCUACACGCAUUCGAUGCAACAGCAAAUGAACACUGUCCUGGCGCCCUACGUGACCUCAUCAUUCAGCCGUCAUGGUCUUACUGCCACGACGGGUAUCGUUGCCUCUCUGGCCGGCGGUGUUUCCCAGCUACCCCUCGCCAAGAUUCUCAACGUCUUUGGACGUAUGGAGGGAUACAUCCUCGCGCAUGUUCUGUGCUGUUUCGGUCUCAUUCUCAUGGCUACCUGCAGGAAUGUCGAGACAUACGCCGCUGCUCAGGUUUUCUGGACUGUUGGAAGCGGUGGUAUCGGAUACAUCCAUACUGUUCUCAUCUCAGACACAACCUCCGUCCGCAAUCGAAUGAUCAUCUACACGCUCAACUCGACAGCCUACAUUGCCAACGCCUUCGCCGGUCCCAUCGUUGCCCAGCUUUUCGAACAGAAGAGCAGCUUCCGCUGGGCUUUCGGAGCGUUCGCCAUCAUCUUCCCGGUUUUCGGACUGCUCAUCACCGGCAUGCUCUGGUGGAACUUGCGGAAAGCGUACAAGAUUGGCAAAGGCCCCGAGCUGACGAAGAGCGGCCGUAACGUCAAGGAGUCCGUCAUCUUCUACUUCAGAGAGUUCGACAUUGUCGGUAUGCUGCUGAUCAUGUUCGGCUUCUCCCUGUUCCUGCUGCCAUUUAGCUUGGUCCGGUAUGCUGCUAAGGGCUGGACUUCCGGACACAUCAUUGCUAUGAUCAUUCUCGGUAUCUUUUGUCUUGUGCUCUUUGGUUUCUGGGAGAGGUUGUACGCCGAGACUCCGCUUGUACCCUGGAAGAACCUCAAGGACAGAACUAUUCUGGGUUCUGCUGCUACCGCUGGUGUCAUUGCUCUCAGCUUCAGCUCGUGGGAGUCUUACUUCUCCUCUUACCUCCAAGUUGUCCACAACCAGUCCAUUAGCCAAGCUGGUUUCAUUGGCAACAUCUACACUAUUGCCUCCUGCACGUGGGGCCCAAUUGUCGGACUUCUCAUUCGACAAACCAACCACUACAAGUGGAUUGCUAUGGCAGCGAUCCCCGUCGCUUGUCUUUCGACCGGUCUCCUCAUUCACUUCCGCACGCCCGACACCUACAUUGGCUACGUCAUCAUGUGCCAGAUUCUCAAGGCCGUGUCUGCCGGAACUAUCAUCAUCUGCGAGCAGCUCGCUGUCAUGGCUGUCGUGAAGCACAACGAAAUCAGUGUCAUGCUGGCCCUCAUCGGUCUCGCCACCUCAGUCGGUCGUUCCAUUGGUCGCGCCAUCUCCGGUGCCAUCUGGACCAACGAAUUCUUGGAUUUCCUCUACAAGUACUUGCCCGAGGAGGCCAGGGGCAAUGCGGUCAAGAUCUACGGAGAUAUCAAGGUCCAGACUUCGUAUCCUUGGGGCAGCCCUGUCAGAUCCGGCAUCAUUCAGGCUUAUGGAGCUGUUCAGCGCCACAUGGUUAUCUGCGGUGCGGCUUUCAUGCCUCUGGCGUUGGCUUGUGUUCUGUUGUGGAAGAAUGUCAACGUUUCCAAGGUCAACCAGACCAAGGGGCAGGUCUUUUAA